AUGCGUUUCACCGCCACCAUCGUCUCUGCUUUCGCCGUCGCUGCGUCGGCUUUGACCACUCCCGACUACACCCAGUCUCCCUCUGGCAACGCCAUUGCCUACACCAUCAAGUGGGACCCUACCACCACUGGCCCCGUCUCUCUGGUCCUCCUCCGUGGCCCCUCCACCAACGUUCAGCCCAUCCAGACCCUCGCCGACUCUAUCCCCAACAGCGGCUCCUUCACCUGGACCCCCAGCACCGACCUUGAGGUCGACACCACCCACUAUGGUCUCCUCCUCACCGUCGAGGGCACCGGCCAGUACCAGUACUCCACCCAGUUCGGCCUCGGUGCCGCCGCCGGUGGUGCUUCCCAGUCCUCCGUCGUGAUCAGCGCUACCACCACCACUGCCACCGGCGCCGCUGCUGUCACCGUUGAGACCACUGAGAGCACCACCAUCUGCCCUGAGACUGAGACCACCUCGGCCCCGGCCACCACCGCUACCCCCGCCUUCUCCACCAUCAUCUCCAGCACCGAGAUCACCACCACCAUCUGCCCCGAGACCGAGUCCACCGGUGCUGCCCAGACCUCCACUGUUGCCCCCGUCGGCUCCCCCUCCAGCAUCCCCUGGAUCUCCUCUGCUCGCGCCUCCGCUACUUCCGUCGCUGCUAUCCCCUCCGGCACUGCUUCGGCCUCCCCCUCGGCCUCUUCGCCCGUCUUCAACGGUGCCGGCCGUAACGCCAUCAGCUUCGGCGCCGUCUUUGCCGGUGUCCUCGCUGCUUUCGCCCUCUAA